UCGCGAGGCGGAAAACUCUUGAACACCACAUCAGAGGUCUCUGGUCAAAGUCAGUGCCGGGCGCAAGGUCUGCCAGCAGUCCUCGGAUGUCCUCUUCAUUGUCAAAUCAACUUGGCCCCGUCGUCGAGCAGUAGACCUGCCGAGAGGCGAAUCAACCCCGACAGCACCCUGAUUGCGAGCAGCGUGAUUAUGAGUGAUGGAGUCGAGUAAGAGCAACAAGGCGCCGGCAAUGAUUCCUGGCCUGACGAACACGCCCCAAGGCAGUCUCGAGUCCUUGAGCGAGUACACGGACGCGCACGAGGACACGCCAUCGGCGCCGACAGAAUUCCUGGCCGAGUUUCUCUCCGCCAUCAUGAUCAAGGACUACGAGACGGCGUUGAAAUAUUGCAAACUAAUUCUGCAGUACGAGCCGUACAACGCCACAGCUAAAGAGCUCUACCCGCUGAUCAUUGAGAAAAUCCGACAAAGCACACAAAACGACGAGAGCGGCGAGGACAGCAGCGGAGAGCCAUGCUCGGACGGCACGACGGCGUCCUACUCUAGCCUGGAAGACGAGGAGGUUCUCGAGUACGACAACAGUUCCUUCUACAACAACGGCAACGGCAGCUCGUCGUCGCACGGCGAAAUCUCGUCGUUCCUCGACUCGCCCAGCGAGGACGCGAGCCACAAGAUGCAGCUGCUGGCCGACCACGUCAACGGCAACAACCUGCUGGUGGCGCCGCCCACCAGCUCCGAGGAGUCGUCGCCCACCGAGCCGGCUGGACACUCGCUCCUCGAGCCAAUGUCCAAGAUGAAGCUGUAGAAUUUAAAUCCAACAACCCAAUCUCGCCCAUUCACGUUGUAAAGCGGGCAGAAUGCUCGAAUUUCAUUAACCUUGAAGCACAACUGAUAUUAAACCGCAUAUCCUACGUCUUUGGAGGUUUUGUAAAACAAUAUAUAGUCUAAAAUAUUUUAUUUUGAUUAAAAAUUUGGUUUGAUGUUUUCUAAGAAAAAAAAAAUUAAUUGGCUGACAGUUGGAGCUUGCAUUGAUGUGAAAUAUUUGAUUUACAAACCAUUUUCCUGACCUCUAUAAAACUGAACUGCCUGUAAUAUUCUUUUGGAGAGCGAAAAUACGCUAAAGAGGGACAGAAUAUCGAUUUUCAUGAGUUGAAAUAAUGACAGCACGUUGAAUAACAUCGUGAUUGUAAUAAAUUAUCUGAUAUAAUUCGUAUGGACAAAAAAACCAGUUUAAACCAAUUCCAAUUUAAUUAGAAAUUCGUUAUUCGUGUCAGCAAUCGCCUACUUCAGUGUUUAGAAAUAUUUUCAAUAAAUAAAUAAUCCCAAGUCUGCCUACAACUUGAACCAUUUUGAUGAAAACGAGGCAUACUAUUUUAUAGAGCGAAUGUCCAGCACAAGACGCAUUUUUAUAAUUUCUCUGAUCAAUAAAAUAAAAUAAAAAUUUAGUUUGGGAACAUUUUCCCGUUUGAUUCUUGAUGUUUCAUCUUCUGAAAUAGAUGGAGCACGCAGAGUCUGAAGCGAAAAAGUGGAGUCAGGGUGCCAGUCAGGGUUUUAUGCCUGUUUACACAAAAGAAAAUGCCCACAAAUUUACAAAAGAGGUGUGUCUAUAUAGCAUCUCGUUGCAUUUUCAUCCGAGAAAGUAUGUAAGAGCUGCACAUUUUUGAACCGUGUUACUAACUCAACCAAAUUCGUAAAAUUUAAUCAAACGUCUUAAUAAAAUUCGAAAAAUUAUAUCCGAAUGUGGCCAAAAGAAAUGACAAUAAGGCUGUAUGUGUGACUGAUAAUUAUGGAACUAGCUUAUAGUCAACUGAAACUAAUUUAAUUUAGUUACAUACAUGUUAUAAUUUUACAGCACUCCAAAUUUGUGAAUACGUAAUAAAAUUUCGGACGUGAGUGAAGUUUAUCUUGGUGUGAAAAUAACUGGGAGCAAAAUUAUUGUUCACUACUAAUCACUUGACAAAUUAAUCGAAGUCAAAUCUGCUUUAUGAGAAUUUUACCCACUCCCUGUAUCGAAUUUGUAAUGAAACUCCUUCAUAUUCAUAAUGAAAAAUAAGCCUAAAACCAAUAAAAAAUAAAUCUCUGGGAAGAAUACUUUAGAACUGGUCAAGUGUCGUUGAAAGAUGAGCUGAGAAUUCCACGAAACUUUUUGCCCAGCGAAACAGAUUGCUUGUGAAUAUCUGAUAAAAAGUUUGGCUGCCGAAUUGAGAGAAAAAGUGGUCCAAUAUCUCCUCCCGAGCAGCUGAUUUAUAUGCGCUGCUUCCCAUGCAAAUUGCCGAAUCUGCCACUUGCGACGUAGAGAAGCUGCUUUAAAGUUUGCGUCUUGCUUUUCCUAAGUGGAGGCGGCCGUCUUCAAAAUUAGCUGAAUCCGCUUCUGUCAUCCUCGUUUCUGAUUUAUGCUUGAGUCGGCACAUCGAAUAAUUCUUCAAUAAUUUUUGUUAUUUGUUUUAAAAUUUCUGAUGUCUAAAUAAAAACGCCUCGAUUGUGUGGAAGAUUUGAUCAAUUACUUAAUCUCAAUUGUUCAUAAUUGAAACGGAUACUUCUUAUAUUCUUAAUAUUAUAUUUCUAAGAAUUAUUAUAAACUCUCUAUAUAACUGAAUUUAAAAGUGUAACUUUUAAAACAACAAAAUUUAAAGUCAAACAAAUAAAACGAAAUUAUGAUUUGUAGCCUAAAAAUAUAUUUUCGAUCAAUUCUAUCUAAUUGUUUUCAAAUAUAACCAUAAAUUCAAGCAUUAUUUAGAAAUUCUAAAUCGUUUAAUUUCUCUUUAGACCAAAGCAAAAAGUUUGGGUAUUUCUGUAGGAGCAGCUGCCCUGUUUCUUUAUGCGAGUGGAGCGGGCGCUACAGGCAGGCUAAUUUGCAUGAGAGUGGCGCAUUUGGUGGCGUGACGCCUUCUUGUUCAGUUCCAUUUCACAUAUCACGACUUACAAUUGUGUCUAACUCGCGCGCGAGAGAACCCACUCGUUAUACAUUACACUACGUCUCUCGCCGUCUGUUCGUUCGUUCGUACGUACGUCUGCAUAUGUAAUAUUCCACGACCAUAUAUACAUAUAUUCUGCUCUCCAUCUCUGUAUGUGUUUAACGUGGAUGUGUCUGUAUCGUUGCUAUCAAAAUAAAUCCAUCCUUGCAGAAAAACAA